AUUCUCAUGAACGUUGCGGACGAACUCAAAGCCCCAGUGUGCCGAGUUUCCAUUCUACGUCGUCCCGUUGUCGAAGGAUAGUGCAGUUGAUGUGACCAUUUCCUUAGGCACUCUAGACAAAGUCGGACUUAGCGCCCGGCUAUAGCACGCCAGCGUUUGUUGCACUGAAGAAGCGCAUUAGUAUCUACAAAGGAUUCAACGCGAAGUCGCGGGCCUCGGCAGGAAUCUGACCACGGCAUUCCGUACGCUUUUCGGCGGAGAUAAGAUCACAUCUCGUUGACUCCAAGAUCAAGAUAAACUUCAACAUACGAUACGUUCAGUAGCACCCAUAUCGACCAACGAAACUGUACACAGUAGCCAAGCACGCUUCGGACAACCUUCAUUUUGGACAGAAAUUCCAAAACACAUCAGUCAAAAUGUCGUCAGAAAACCUACUUCCUAGGCCGCCAUACGACGCGCAACUGGUCCCGGCCCUGGACCGCAUGACGGCUUACCCGCGAGAAAGGGAUGGCAUAGUCCACGGGCGACAACUACGAGCGACCGCAAUGGCACCUAUGCAAGCAGCGAUUCGAAACGACGAAGACCUACUUGUAGAGGACCGCAAAAUUGCCGGGCCAGACGGAGAGAUCCCCAUCGUCAUCUUACAGUCCCGGAACCCAAAGACGGCAAGCGGCCAACGUCCAGGCAUCGUAUUCUAUCACGGCGGCGGCAUGGUUCUCGGCGAUGCCUUUCUCGGAAUCCAGCCGUUCGCGCGCAUGGCAAAGGACUUUGACGCCGUCGUCGUCAGCAUAGAGUACCGCCUGGCACCAGAGCACCCGGCGCCCGCGCCGCAGGAUGACUGCUACGCGGGUCUCCUCUGGACGAGCGAGCACGCGCAGGAGCUGGGCAUCGAACCCGCGCGCCUCAUGAUUGCAGGCGUCUCGGCGGGCGGCGGUCUCGCGGCUGGAGCGGCACUGAGGGCGAGGGACACGAGCGGGCCGAAGCUCUGCGCGCAGCUGCUCGUAUAUCCCAUGCUCGACGACAGGGACACGGGCAUAUCCAAGAAGCAAUUCAGGGACGACAAAUGCUUUGACGCGCUGGACAAUAACGCCGCAUGGGGCUGCGUGUUGGGAGAGAAGGCAGGGGUGGAGGACGCGGACGUGAGUCCCUAUGUCGCGCCGGGCAGGGCAACGGACCUCUCCGGACUGCCGCCAGCGUAUAUCGACGUUGGAACUGCGGAGCCGUUCAGAGAUGAGAACGUGGCUUAUGCUACGAAGCUAUGGGACAGCGGCGUGCAGGCGGACCUGCACGUCUGGAGUGGUGGAUUCCACGGGUUCGACCUGUUGGGUCUCGCUGUAGGGUCAGAUGUCGCCAAGGCUGCUCUCGAGACGAGAAUGGGAUGGGUCAGGAGACUAUUUGGCGCGCAGUAGAUGUUUGAUACUAGUUCACGAUCAGGUAGGGUCACCAUGAAGGGAGA